AUGGAGGAUUUGGUAAGCACCACGCGAUAUGUCUCAUGGUCUCUACACAAUAAGAGUCGGGCCGGAUUACGCCAGUUCUUAGAUUCAUUUGGUGGAACAGAACAUUCAAAUGAUCCUACUGCCACUGCUCUAUCACAACCAAAUGUGCAAGAUAAGGAAGACACAAAGCCACAACUAGAAGUAAAGCUCAGUCAUGUCGCCUCUGGAACUGAUUCUAGCACAUCUAGCCAGACAGCUGAAACAAAGCUCGCUGACCUUCUCGAUAGCACACUUUGGAAUCGGAGGCUUGCUCCGUCAUCUGAAAGGAUUGUUUAUGGUUUGGUACAACAAAUAUUUCACGGCAUACGAGAAUAUUUCUUGGUUUCAACAGAAUUAAAGUUCAACUGUUUCCUUUUGAUGCCCAUUGUGGACAAGUUGCCUGCACGGCUUCGGGAAGACCUAGAAUCCGCGUUUGAAGAUGACCUGGAAAAUGUUUUUGACAUAACCAAUCUGCAACUUUCAUUGGGACAACAGAAGGGAGAUAUGGAGAUCGAACUGAAAAGGAUCAACAGGCUCAAAGACAAAUUCAGAAUGAUACACGAGCAGCUAAUUCAACGCCAAGUCGUGUGA